UAAUCUGUAGUAGGCUUUGUUGUAUUGGUAUCACACUAAACAGCUGUUAGUUUCAUAUUCUUAUUUUUAAAGUUAAUUUUCUUCAAGAAAUUCCUAUAAAAUAUAUUUGAAAAGUACAAUACUAAUCUACUAAGUUAAUACAUUUGUAUUUACUAUUUUGUUGAGGAGAAGUGCAAACUUUGUGUUUACUAUUUUGUUGAAGAGAAGUGCAAACUUUUUAAACUAUUAAAAUGGCAUUCAGCUUAAAAGAUAAUUAUGUUAAUAUGAAAAACUCUUUUGUCAAUAAUCUCAACAAUGAAGGUUCAUCAGAAACAGCAAAUGAUGAUUGUUCUGAGACAUCUGCAUCAUCAGAACAUCUCAGCAGCAUAGCUAAUAAGGUUAUUGAAUUGAACCUUUUGCGAAACGAGUUAAUAAAUGUGGAACAAGAUAUUGCGGAUCAAGAUAAUAAAAACAGGCUGAAAAGAUGUCGCCUU